CGCUGUUGCAUCUAAUGGCGUUUUAGCACCGCAAUUGUUUGUUACAAUUGUUGUGUACAUUUCUUCCGCGAUUAUUACAAGUUUUAUUGAAUAAUAGACAAUAAUGGCUGACUUUAGUGAAUAUCAAGAUUACCGUAGUCCAUUAUCGACGAGAUAUGCAUCGAAAGAAAUGCGUUAUAACUUUAGUGAUCAAAAUAAAUUCAGCACGUGGCGUCGCCUUUGGCUGUACUUGGCUAAAGCAGAAAUGGAACUUGGCUUAGACAUAAAACUAGAACAGAUAGCAGAAAUGGAGGCAAAUGUUGACAACAUCGACUUUGUUGCAGCUGCAAAAGAAGAAAAAGCUACUCGGCAUGAUGUAAUGGCGCAUGUUCAUGUGUUUGGUCAACAAUGUCCCAAAGCUGCUCCGAUUAUUCAUUUAGGAGCCACCAGUUGUUAUGUUGGUGAUAAUACGGAUCUCCUAGUUCUCCGAGCUGGUUUCAACAUUCUUCUUCCGAAACUCGCUGGAGUAAUAACUCGAUUAGCACACUUCGCAGAUGAAUAUCGACACCUUCCUACACUUGGUUUCACUCAUCUCCAGCCAGCUCAGCUAACUACUGUUGGCAAGAGAGCCACCCUUUGGCUUCAUGAUUUGAUAAUGGAUGAAAGAGCUCUUCGUCGGGCUCGUAAUGAUCUUAAAUUUCGAGGUGUCAAAGGAACCACAGGAACGCAAGCUUCAUUCCUUCAACUUUUCAAUGGUGAUAAUGAGAAAGUCAAGAAAUUAGAUGUUUUAGUCACUAAGAUGGCAGGUUUUGAGAAACAUUACUCAGUAACUGGGCAAACUUACAGCAGAAAAGUGGAUGUAGAGUGUCUAAAUGUUUUAGCUUCACUUGGAGCAACUGUUCAUAAGAUAUGCAGUGAUAUCAGAAUUCUCGCGAACAUGAAAGAAAUCGAAGAACCAUUUGAAAGUACCCAGAUCGGCUCCAGUGCAAUGCCAUAUAAGAGAAACCCAAUGCGCUCGGAGCGUUGUUGCAGCAUAGCCCGACACUUGAUGACAUUGGUAAGCAAUUCUUUGCAAACAGCAGCUACUCAAUGGAUGGAACGAACUCUAGACGACUCGGCGAAUCGUCGUAUUACUUUGGCUGAGGCUUUCCUUUCUGCUGAUGUAAUUUUAAUGACUCUUCAAAAUAUUACGGAGGGUCUGGUAGUAUAUCCAAAGGUUAUCGCUCGACAUGUAGCACAGGAGUUGCCAUUUAUGUCAGCGGAGAAUAUUAUUAUGGCGAUGGUUAAAGCGGGAGGCGAUCGACAAGUGUGCCAUGAAAAGAUUAGGGUUUUAUCGCAAGAAGCAGGAGCCCAAGUGAAACUACAUGGAUUGGACAAUGAUUUAGUUGAAAGAAUUAAAAAUGAUCCGUACUUCAAACCAAUUUUAGGACAGUUAGAUACACUUUUAGACCCUUCUACAUUCAUUGGAAGAUGUCCUGAACAAGUGGUGGAAUUUCUUAAUGAAGAAGUUUAUCCUAUUAUUGAAAUGUAUAAAGGACUUGAUCUAGGACCUGUUGAACUCAACAUCUAAGUGUGUGAUAGUGAUUAAAAAUUUUUAUUGGAAUUUUAAAUAAAUGCUUUUAGAGUAUACGGAGGGAAAUUUUUCACUAACCGUAAGUAAAAAAAAUGACAAGACCGCGUAAGUAAAUUUGCGGUUGUUUUGAGUAAUGUAAAUACAAUGUCCUGGAAAAAUAUACUGUAAAAUUUGUAUCCACACUUUUUAUUCCACAUAGUCCGAAUUCAAACUUGUCAUUAAAAGUCGCACUUAAAUUUAAAAAA